CCCGGGCAGCACGCUCCUAUAAAAUGUUCCUGUACCCAUUGGCCAGAUGGGGGGUCAGACAUGCUUCGGCUUGCCUCUACACACACACACGUGUCCCUCCCUCCCUCUCAUCCUCGAGCCCGUGCCGGCUUUCUCUCUCUCUCUCUUGCCGUCUCGGCAGAUGCAGCCCAGCCAGGGCUAUGCAUUGAGUGCUGACUACACGCACAGAAUACAUUCAAGGUUAUUUGUUAAAUGUUUAUAUAUUUUUUUUCUCUCGCUCCUUCUUUGCUACAGCUCGCUCCAGAAUUUACGUUGACGACCGCCAACGCGAGGUCAUCAUCAAAGUGAUCGUCUGCUAACAGUGUCACCAACGCAACUCACCUCCUACAGAGUGGAUACCGAGGACGUUUUUGGACAUCAUUUUUCAAGGAGAGCUGAGCACAGACACGCGCGGCGGCAGAGCGGCUCCACGAGCCGGCGGAACGCGACCAGCGACCAGCGCUGAAUCCUCGCAGGACACGGAACGCCCCAGCGGCCACCGCCGCCCCGCGCGCACCCGAAGCGCCGCGCCGCGCCACGGGAGAUGCGGGAUAAACACGCGUCCCGACGUCCAUAGUUUUUUUUUUACGAGCGAAGAAGCCGUGGAAAUUAAUUCAAGUGCGAAUCGUUCCCCUUGACGAGGAACUGGGAGAGAGAGAGAGCGAGGGAAAGGGGAGGGACGCUGGUUAGCAUUUUGUGCCGUUUUGAAUCCCACUGUGGAACAAAGAGAGGACAACAACAGGGAAAAAGGCAUCGCUCUGCGGGUAGCUGCACAUCGCGACCGGGAACGCUAAUUAUUAUUCAUGACAAAAGAAUGCAACGUGAAUGGGGUGGUGGUGGGGGGGGACCUGCCUAGGUUUUGCUGCAGCCUUUGUGCGUGAAGGUGUGUCUCCACGUACGUGACCGACUGACCGACCUACGCGCGGGCAAUCGGAGUGUGGAGCAGCGUCUCGCAGCAGCAGGAGGAGCAGCAGCAGGAGGAGCAGCAGCAGGAGGAGCAGCAGGAGGAGCAGCAGGAGGAGCAGGAGGAGGAGGAGGCUGUUUUUGAGCGAUGGUUGUUUUACCUCGCCGAGAGUCAUUCGUCUCGCUGUGAGCCGAAAGCGACUCGUACGCGAUGCCUCUCCAUCAGAUAUCCGUCAUUCCUGCACGGGAAAUAGUCGCUUCCGCAAAGCACAACGACAAGGAGAGCCAGGGCGAGAAAUCUCCCGGCCGCUCCACGAGCCGUUCGAGUAACAUCUCCAAGGCGAGCAGCCCCACGUCGCUGACUGUCCCACGCAGUGCCUCUCGCGCAUCCGUCAGCCCUUCCAACCAGGACAUCUGCAGGAUCUGCCACUGCGAGGGUGAAGAGGAGAACGGGCUCAUCACGCCGUGCCACUGCACGGGCUCGCUGCGCUUCGUGCACCAGAGCUGCCUCCAGCAGUGGAUCAAGAGCUCGGACACUCGCUGCUGCGAGCUGUGCAAGUAUGACUUCAUCAUGGAGAGCAAACUCAAGCCCCUGCGCAAGUGGGAGAAACUGCAGAUGACCACGAGUGAACGGAGAAAAAUAAUCUGCUCCGUCACAUUCCACAUUAUCGCCAUCACCUGUGUGGUGUGGUCACUGUACGUGCUCAUCGAUCGGACAGCGGAGGAGAUACGGCACGGGCAGGAGAACGGCAUCUUGGAAUGGCCGUUCUGGACCAAGCUGAUUGUGGUGGCCAUCGGGUUCACGGGAGGCCUCGUCUUCAUGUACGUGCAGUGCAAAGUGUACGUGCAGCUCUGGCGCCGACUCAAAGCCUACAACAGGGUCAUCUUUGUGCAGAACUGCCCCGACACGGCGCGCAAGAAGAGCCCAGACGACCGCACCAUCGCCCUCUUUGAGCGUGCGGGAUCGGAGCUCAAGGAGCCCGCCACCGUCGUCUACCAAUCAGAGACGAGCUUGCAAGGCCCCAGGGCAGAGGGCCUUCCCAUGUGAGGCAUCCACCACAUGAGUUGCCUGAUGCGGUGGUGACUUCUGUUUUUUUGUCGAAAAUGUGUUUCCACGUCGAGCUUGGAAGGAGAGCGAAGUUUAUCAAUAGAUGUGUGUUCGAUUUUUAAAUGAAUGUGAGCGACUCUUUUAAUGUGGGUUUUUUUUUAUUUAACUAUCAAGAAGACGCCACAACGGAAAACACAUCACAAUGUCAGCACAGUGGUCUAAUAGGUCAGAAGAAGGCAAUUGUGUUGUUAAGGCUACAUUGCAGUAUAGAGAGCUCUAAAUUGAGACGUUUAUUUCGCUGUACAUUUAUAAAUGCUGAUCAAGAAAUGCAGUGUUUGACUGUUGUCCCAGGACUUGGCUAUUUUUUUUAGGCCAAACAAGACCUAAUAUGGAGGGUCGAGUUUACACGAAGAUUGUGAGGGGGUGUGGCAAAUGUAGUGGGAAGUGAUAAGGGUCCUGUGAAGUGCAUUCAUGGAUUUUGUCCUGUAUGGAGUGAAUUUAAGGCUCUUCAGAUCUACAGCCGACCACAUUGCGAGUAAAUGGACAUCUACUGGCACCAAGCAAAAGCAAGACAAGGAGCAUAUAUUUCCUUAGAAGUUAUGUCAAAGGCAUGACUUUGAAAUGAGCACACGCAUACAUUUAUUGAGUUAUUUGGAAUUACGUGAAUGAGUCAAAGCCUGUACAGUUAACUUGAUUCAAUGCAUUUAAUGCUUUAAACAUUGUUUUAAUGUCUAGUGGCUUUUCCUGGUUUUGUACUGCUUAUAACAGUGGUCAAUCUAUCAUCAAAGUGAUGACAUUUACAUGAUUUCAUAAAGCUAAAGUAGUUUCAUUGCAAUUUAUUAAACAUACCACAAACAAAAAAUAACACUUUGUUUUUUUCCACCUGUUCGAUUUGUGCACUUUUUUCGCAUCAAAACAUUACAUGAAUUUAUUUUAGUGGCUAAAUGUGUACAUUUGCAUUUAUGUUUAAUAUUACUGCAGUGUUUUAUAUUGUUUUACAACAAGACAGAGGCUUGUUCGUAGUAAAGAUGUUAGGUUGUCUGCGAUCUAAAACAAUAACAGUUCAAUAAUCCUAGCACUAUAUAACAUGUCAACCUUUGCAUACAGUAAUUAUGUAAAAUGUGUACAUUUGAAAAAAAAAUCUAGCCAAAUAUUUUAUUUAUUGCUUAGAAAAAAGGCGUAAUUUACGUUGCUGAAAAUAAUAAACAUCUUAGGUUUGAUAUGUCCAAUCAAAAUGUAUGAAAUCUUGACUUAAAGCUUUCGUGACUGCAGGAAUUCAUAUUCUUUGGGUCUUUCGGUAAAGUCACGUAGAUAACGAAAGACCCAAAGAAUACAAAUGUGUGAAACCAAGUUAUGCAUACACCGAGGUAUUCAUUCAGCUGGGUUUAUUUUGACUGUACGUGUUACUUUUGAGGGAAUGAAUUUAAAAUAAAUUUCCAGUUUUAUGCGUGUUUUUA